AUGAGUAACCUCUACGUAGUUGAACUUGAAAAACUUUCGUACAUCCAUCAAGAAAAAUUUCAGCAGUGUGGAAAAUUAUACAAUUGUCUUUUUUUUGUUUGCCCAUUAGGAGUUGCAUUAGGAUAGGUUUUCCUUGAGAGUCUAGAAAAAAUCUCUUUAGUUCUAAACUGGCUCGGAUUAUUGUAAGAGGUUGAUUCGGUUUUUGCGGCUUUUCUGUUUUCAAGCAUAUGCCAUGUUGUCCUCAUAAGUUAUUUUUGUGUAUCAAUUUUGAGUUUCUAUGACUGAAUCAUAUUGCUGCAUUUUUAUGUGCUCCCAACUUGGAGUGUCUCAUAUGCAUAGUCGGUUAAUUUGGGUGACAUUAAGGUAUGGAUAGUUCUGAUCGUCCUUCAUUUGCAUGAAAAUUACUGUUGCAACAAGGAAAUCUCAGGUUAAACCCAAUUUUUAUGUUCGACUUUAAGUGAGAAAUAGAACUACUAUUGCAUGCCUUCGCAGGACGUAUGUGAUGCACUUGGCUUUUUCAGGUUUCAGUUUUUAUGGAUAAUGAUGGUGUUGAAAAACUUGAGGAGUAUCGAAUGUCUCCAGGAAGACUUGUUCCUGAUACCAAACACUUCGUGGAUGAAAUUGAUAUUGCAUUAUCGUGUACAAGAUUUCCAUGUAUUACUUUGGGUAAUUCACCACUAGUUGAAUUAUAUGGUGGUGUCUUGUAUGAAGAAGCUGAAAUGAAUCUUUUAGCAUCCAAAACCGGUAGAGAAUAUCGAUACUCUGGGAAUGUGGUCUUUACUGAACAUGAAAAUUCUGAAGAAAGGCCUUUGCUAGAAUCCACUCAUUCAGAUGCAACUUUUUCUGCAUCUGAUGAAAUGAAUUUGCAUCUGCUGUCAUAUCCUUCUGUACCAUUCUCCUCAGAUUCUGGAGAGCCAAAGCCUUUCACAGAGAAAUCAAUCAGCAAACCAGCAGAAAUUUCAUCAGAUUCGGAGUCCAUUUUGGACAAGCCUAUUAAAUUUCUACCAGGAUUAUCCAGCAGAUGCUGUCGACAGCUGGAAAACAGUGGUUUUCAUACGGUACUCUGUGAGCUUAUACGGAAAAUGUUUGCAAUAUCUUUCUGAUCAGAAGAUAAAUAGUUCAUUGGUAAACGUGCAGGUACGCAAGUUGCUACAUCAUUUUCCUCGUACCUAUGCUGAUCUACAGAACUCUAGGGAUGCUAUUGAUGAUGGGCAGUACCUAAUUUUUGUCGGAACUGUGCUAGCUUCCAGGUAAAGUUGCAACCAACAGUUGAAACAACUGAAUGAAUAGAACUUAGGCGAACUUAAUCUUAUUUGAAAUAACAGAAUACUAUGAUUCUAAUUCUUUUGUUCUAGUUGCGGUUUUCAUACUCUGGAUAGAGUUCAGUCAAUGAGAGACAGAUUCUGAUUUUUGUUUGGAAUGUCCCAUUUUUCAUUUAAAAGUACACCUGUUAAUCAAAUUACCUGAUUUCUUCUGAAAGCUGUUGACAUAACGGUGGGUCAAAUUGAACGAACUUUAGUAUCAAAACAAUGGGGUUUUAUUUUUAUCAUUUCAAGGAGUGCAUGUCACAUGAAGCAGAAAUAUGCAAGCACAAGAAUCGUUUAAUGUUCAUUUCAAACGUGCUAGCCCAAUGAUGGUUUUUACUCUCUAGUUACAAAUUGAAAUAUUUUAUGGAGUUUUACUAUUCCAGUUGGGCAGAUGAUUACAGGUGUGAUAUGUUUGUAUUACAUAGUUGAGCCCUUGCUUGACUUAGAGCUUUAAUUUAUGAGCUAUAAUAGCCUUUCUGAAAAAUUGCCUUGACAGUGAAAAGAAGGCAAUUUAAAUUAUCCUGCUGGUUUAGAUCUUAGGAGAUAGUGUUUCAUGCAAAUAUUUGAAAGGAAGUCUGUGGAAUCUUAAUAAAUGCAAGGCUUCUAAAUUGUGAUUUUAAGAAGUAGCAAGCAGACAUGCCGUCCCAAUAAUGAAAGUUCUCUCUCUGUGGUGUAACUCUAAGUUGAGUUUUUGUGGUUUUCUGAUUGCUAGAGUUUAGAUUCAAGUCUUAGAAAAAUGCUGAUAGUGCAAUAUCCUUUUGGAAUCGUAGAAUUGUAACAUUUUUUGAUAUUUCUUCAUCUUUGAUUUUUCUCUUGAUCUGCACCAUCUCAUUAUUCUGAAGUCCUUUUCAUGAUUUUCCUUUGGUCAUAAUGGAUUUAUUUAAAUGACAAGAUUGCGUCAACUUUCAGAGAAUGUAUGGUUGACCAAUAGGGUUGUGAAAAACGGUUUCAAUAUAUUUCGACAUUUCAACAUGAUAAUAUUAAACGGAUAAGCAUCUUGGAUAAUCAUUAUUUUAUACAAAUUUGUGAUUGUAUUUCUUAAAUGUUUUAAUGAUCCGGCAAACUUUACAUUUUUUGUGACAUAAAUUAUUUUUGUGCUCUUAGGGGAAUCAAAGCCAGCAUUUCGUUCUCAUUUGUUGAGGUUCUUGUGGGCUGUGAGUUUGCAGAUGGUAACCACAAUUUUGACGACAGUAAUAAGGAUCAUAGCAGCAAACAAAACAGAAUUGUUUAUUUACACUUAAAGAAAUAUUUCCGAGGUACUCGAUUCACAAACCAGUCCUUUCUUCGAAGCCUUCAGUCGAAAUAUAAAGAGGGCGAUCAUGUAUGUGUUAGUGGCAAGGUGAGCAGGGCCCAUGUUAUUUUUUAACGUUAUUGCUUACUUUCUGUAUUGAAAGUCUAAAUGUAUUUCAUCAAAAUAAACCAUUCUAGUUAAGAUAAAUUUAUUAAACUCUUAUCAUUUCUUUUUAUUCUCUUUCAAACAACUAACAUAGCUUUUGAAUAGUUUUUUGCUUUCAGUUAUUUUUUGUUGCUUAGUUUUUUGUCUCUUUUCGUUUUUUACGUCCUUUAUUGUAACUUACUUCAAAUGGAUGUGUACAGUCCAUACAUUUGACUGAUGCAGUUUCUGAUCUAUCAGAAGUUAUGUACGUGCAUACACACUGUAUGUCAUUUUGAAUUGGCAUGCUUAUAAAUGGAAGUUUUUAAAAUGUGAAUCACAUCGUGAAGGUAUCUUUUGGAAUAUGAUUUUUACCAUCAAGGGUACUGGGAAAGUACAGUAUUUUUCUGCCUACAAACGACUGGAAUUUCAUUUUUUUAUUAUUCCCGUUGAAGUUGGUUACUGCAUCAGAAUCUGACCUUGGUCCCAAAUUAGUUUGACCUCGCUUGGCUUUCUCAUUUGAUGUAUUUUCAGACUUUGGAAUAUCUGGGGACAUGGGGAUUGUGGUGGUUAAGGUGUGCUAGUAUUAUACCUUGUGAGGUCUGAGUGAUACAGCUUAGUUCACUUUGACAGUGACCCGACUCAUGCAUGAUCUAUGAUCAGCAUGUGUUGACUCAGAUUAACUUGCAUGUUACUGGAUUGGGGUUGGCUGAAUUUUAGCAUUUCAGAUGAUUGGGUUUUAUCAAUGCAUCUCUUAUGGGCUAGACAUGUAUGGUGUGGCCCAUCCCAGAUUUCCAAACGGGCAAAGAUCUAAGUUCGCCGACGUUGAAUCUGAUGAUUAAACUUUGGCGCUUUAGUUUAUCAACUUAAUCUUAAGAUCAAUACUUCAUACCUUGUGUUGAAUCGUUUAUUUGUAGCCACUAACUGUACUUAAAUCUGCUGUUUUGAAUCCUCUAUGCAAAUUCUUCACGAUGACUCUAGAUUAGGGUUUUAUUCUGGAUAAUUAUAUUGUGAAAUUUAUGAAUGGAUGGUUAAACAUAAAAACAAAGAAUACGUCAAAUGCAGAGUAGAUCGGAGGAAGGGCUGCAUGUGACUGGAAUGCACCAUUCCCUAUCGAAUUGCAGGAUGAUGUCCUUAGCUAUCAUCUUGAAACUUUGGGGCAGAUCGAGAUCUGAAGGCAAAAUAUGGUGUUGAAUUCGGAAGCGGGUUUUAAAAUGAUGAAUGGAGAUGAAGGUGUCAUAACAUCUAAGAGAGGGGUUUACCAUUUUGAAUCAAUUUCUAGGAGAUCAGAUCAGGGUUUCAACUUGGUGGAAGUUUGAUUGAUAUCCAAGUUGCUUCAAAGAGUAUAGUCUGUUUUGUACACGCCAGUAAGAUGAGUGCUCUCUCUGCUAUGCACUCACUAAAAUUAUCUUUCUUCUUCAUCUCCGGCAUCACGCCUUCCUCUUCCUGAUGAUGGACAUUUAAAUAUUUAUGUGGCUUCUUCCUCACUUCCCUAAUUUGAUGAUGAUAAACACCAGAAAAGUUUCACAGAAAGCCAUCAUCAAUGUUCAUUGACUUGUGUAAUUACAUAUCCCCAUAGCACUCAGAAUUACAUUCCCAUGAUACCAGAGACAAGCUAUAUGCCGUAUAUCAUCACUAUGAUUAAACUUCCCCUAUCACACUUGCGAUCUUCCCCUCAUCCCUGCAUUAUGCUUCUUGUCAGUAAAGAAUAUCUUUAGUGCAUCGUCAUGCUAGUUCUGUCCUUUCUCUCCUCUUCACCUGCCCACAUACUCCCAUAAUAUUCGUUUCACCAGAAUACAGCCCUAUGCAUCUUCUCAUAGAGAGUUGCUUCAUUUCAACACAUGCAAUGGUACGAUGGUUAAGUCCAUAACGUUGGUGGCAGAUAGGUCCUCCCUUCUGCUAUCCCUGUAUCUCACUGGGUUUGUAUAAUCCCUCAGGAAAAUCCCAAACUCAGUAGACUGAAGCAUCGCUGCUCCAUAUCCCUUUUUCCACCGGCUUGCUGAUCAGAUUUCGCUUCUAUUCCGUGACAGGAAAAACCGUCAGAUUGGAGCUCAGAUGGGGAAACUGGCUGGAGUAUGCCUCAUUACCAUUACUAUCAUUCACUGAUUGCCAGGUGGGAUUCAAUUGGACAGUCCUGGUUAGGGAAGUCCUUGAAGGUCCAAGUGGGACUCAAAUGAGAGGAAAACCUGAGUUCCUCCCUUUCCUUGGCCUAUUUGCCUCUCCCCUCUGCACUCUAUACUUCUGAAAAUUCUUGGAGCCAUAAAAACAUGGAAAACACUGUCCUGUGUCAUGUGAAAACAGCUUUCCAACAGAAUUCUUGAAUAUGAAUUUAGGAAUUGGAGUAUAUUCUAUUUAUACAAGUCAGAAAUCUGGAGAUUACCAAAGUAGAUUCUGCUCUCAAAUUCACUCUCUUUUAAUAGUAGAUCUAUCUAUUGUCCCUUCACUUAUAUUCAGACUUGUUGACCGUUUAUAGUUGGGCAACAAAACCUGUUACUUCUGCCAUGAAACCAACCAAGAGAAAAAUGCACGCUCUUCAGAUCAGGUUUCUGCAUAGAAUGUUUGUCCAUGUUCAUCUGCCAACCCGAUUUCCGUGGGACAAUUCCCUUCACCUAAUCUUUGCUCUGCUGUCUCAAAUCCUUUGGUUUUGGGAUUCACAGAUUCCUAUGCUCAGUGUCCGCAGCUGAGUGUUUUCUUAAUGAACUGCCAUCUCCUUUUUCUCUCCAGUUCUCAUAUUUUCUUGUGAAGACUGUCAAAAGGAGCUCUCAUUAUGAAUUACUGUUUAGUUUUUUAAUAAAAUUUUAACUGUACAAUCAUCAGAAAAUGUUGAACGAUAAUGUUUACUGUAGUCAUCAGAAAAUGAUAAUGUUGAACGAAUGACAAAGAUAAUUAAUGUAAGGGUACAAGGAUGGGAGGGUGGAGUUGGGGAAUGACCAGGAGUCCAGAGUGUUAGAUUAGGAUGAAAGUGGUUGAACAGGGCUUUAGUGGCCAUUUGAAACGCAAAAUGGACGAAGAUGAGAGGGAGGAGGACCUAGCCUGAGAGACAGGUGGAACCAUCGAGAAAAGGAUUGGGGGCAUGUGAGUGACUGGUGAAAAUUGGUACCUUGGGGGAUCAAGUGAUGGAAAGAGAGCAGUACAGAGUGAGUAUUCGCUGUUGGCUAUGGAAAUCUUAGGGAGAUGGAGCUUCUUCUCGAAUCAUAUCGUAGGGAGAUGGAGUGAUGGAAAGAGAGCCCAAGCAACUUGGCUUUGUGGAGCCACUUCUUAACUUAUAUCAAGUUGGAAGAUUUAUUUAUUACAAAUGAAAGGAAUUGUUGAAUGCUUUAUUUCUACGUAUGUGAUUCAACGUCAUGGGAUAAUGCAGGUGAAGAAACUUCAAACUGAGGACCACUAUGAGAUGAGGGAAUAUAGUAUUGACAUUCUUGAUGAAGAUGGGGGAAGCAAUCCUCACGCUGAGAGAAGGCCAUAUCCUCUGUACCCUGCUAAAGCAGGGCUGAAACCAGGAUUCUUGAGGGAUAUCAUAUCAAGGUACUUGUUUAUUGUUUUUCUUCUAACUCUAAGAUGCUUACUCAAUUUUUUGAUCAUCUUGUCUUCUCUAACUCUUGAAAAUGAAACAAAUUACUAGAUAUAAUCUGGAAAGAUCACUUGGAUUUAAUGAUCAUCUGAGGGACAGUAUUCUUGAAGUAAUUUACAUAGAUAAAUUACUACCAUAUUUUGAGAAUUCAUAGAUCCAAUCUCAAUCUCAAUUUCGUUAAAUUGGCAUUUAUCUUACACCUUUUAAGAGAGAAUUUUUCUUGGUUUAAGUACAGGAUCUGUUCUUUGACCUCCCCUCCAAUGAAUGUGCAUUCAUAUGCAGUACUUGUCAUUAGCUUGAUGCAAAACCCAGAAAGAGGUUGGGGUUGCAUGAGAGCUAUUCCAUCGCAGUCAUGUUAAUGUUGAGAGGGAUUUUAUAUCUAUUAAGCUUUUGAUUCGGUGUCUAUAGGUUUUCAAUUAGCACAAAGGUUUUAUUUGGCUUUUGUGAAUGAGUUAUCUCCUUGAUGUAGCUUCUUUUCCUUCUUUAUUUUCUUUGUUCCUUAUCAUAUAUUUGAUGAACAUUAUAUUGAUCUUACUUGAGUAAUCUUGAUUCUUUUCAAUAUUUUUAUUCCCUUGGACGAAACAGAGCCUUGAAAGUGGUGGAAAGAGAUAUUGAUCCUAUCCCUCGCAUGGUUCUCAGUGAGUUCAAUUUGGUGGAUCUUCGAGAUGUAAGUUAGAUCUUGAUGACGUUGCAUGGUUUAUUUUAUGGCACGACUUAUUUCUAAUCUGAUACUGACGGGCUAAAGAACUUCAUUACCGGUGCAAAAGUAUUUUUUUCGCCAAGCAUUGGUUGAUUGAUCUCUAUUUCUUUGAAGACCCAUUCGCGUUAUGGAAGUCUCGAAUUUGGAGAUUUGAAGAGCAUAGCUUGUAUAUGGUAUUGCAAUGUGUAUAAAUACAUAUAUCAAAGGUCAUAGGCCAGAAAGCAAAAAAAUAUAAAAUAGGGAAAGACUCUAUAGGGAAUAAACUAUCCUCUUUCAACUCCAAGGUUUACUAAGGUUUACCUAAAAGCACUCUAAAGUGUGGAAUCAUUUGAGACUUGAUGAAAUAGCUCUUGAAUGAGGAAAUGAAAAUUAGUCUUUAUUUGUUUAGUCUACUUCUAGAAGGCAGGAUUAUUUACAACGUGUAGAGCACUUCAAUUUUGAAAUAGUGAAAUCGGAUUUAAAGAAGCUAUGAUUAGAUCUCGAAAAAGAAAACAAAGCUAGACUCAGAAAAUGUGUUAAUACUCGGGUUCGGUGCUAGAACGCGAAGUAAUAACCAACUUCUCGUUCCUCCAAGAGAUGAGAGGCUUUUUACAAUUAUUUUUUUAAUCCAGAUAAACAUUAUAGAUUCCCAGUUGAAUUAACCAUUGGUCACUCCAGUUGAUUAUUUAGCAUAGUUACAUCAGAAGUUUAAUAUCUCUAUGUUUCCUGAGCUCAUUUUUUUUCUUUCAACCAUUCGCAUUGCUAACUCGUAUUCCUUGUAUCAAAAUAGGCUUAUAUUGGAAUUCAUCACCCAAGAGAUUUGGAUGAAGCUGAUUCAGCUCGGAGAAGACUAAUCUUUGAUGAUUUUUUUUACUUACAGGUAUUUCUGUAUACCAAUCAUGAGAGAAUCGUUUGGGAAUUCUUCAUCAUUUGUACUGUAGUUUGCAAUAAUACAUUUUCUUUCACCUGAGGGAAAGCCCUUUAUAGCAUUGUAUCAUGUUGCAUAGCUGGAAAUUCUUUUUUUUUGUUUGCUUUUAAGCGUUCUCAUGAAAUUGGUUUGUAGUUUUAUGGAGAAUAUGAACAGACGAAACAGCAUUGCACUUAAUAUAGGAUAGUCUUAGUCUUUUUCUUCAAACUCAAUUUGAUCGUUCUUAAAUCCUGCACGAGGGUCAGUGGUCUAUCAGGUAUGUGCUUUAAGUAUGCCACUCAGUGCUCUGGUUUCCGUAUCUCAUCUUUUUUUACUAUGGAAGUUGAGUUUUAGAUGAAUCAAUGUGAUGGAGAUGAAGAACCCGGACAGUGGUGUUCUAGACAGCUGUCAAGGUUCCUUUGUUGAAUUUUUUCUGAUGAAUUUUCAUAUGUUCUUUGAUAUUCAUUUUCCCAGUUGGGAAGACUAUUUCAGAUGCUUGAGGCCCUGGGAACACAAAUUGAAAAGGAGGAUCUUCUAGACAAAUACCGAAGACAGGGUCUGAACACCAUUUCAAACGAUGACUGGUGCGCCCUUACAAGGAAAUUUCUAGAGGCACUACCAUAUUCUCUUACCCCCAGUCAGCUUGAUGCUGCUUCAGAAAUUAUUUGGGAUCUCAAGAGGCCUGUGCCUAUGAACCGACUUCUACAGGUGUGUACCACUAUUUUGCAGUUCAGUUUUUUCUCUACUUUUUCGAUAAAAUUCAGCCAAAUUUGUUAUCAGGUCGUCUAGCAAUUGCUGAUGCUUUAUAGAGUUUGUGGUAUGGACCAUGAUUGUUGAAUUUCUCAAUCCUGUUGGGCUCCUUUAAAGACUUUAAUUUCUGGACUGAUAUUUGAUAAUGUUGUAGGUGAUUACUCUGUUGAGUUGAUAUUGAUUAAAGAAAUAGUAUACCUGUAGAAGAAAGAAAUAAUGAACAGUGGGCACCUGGAAGUUUGUAAAAUCUGAAAAGUCAUGUGAGGUCAUAUGUGUACAUAGCUCCGAAGCUAGAAAAGUUAGGCACGACAGUGUAAACAUUGUUUGAAUUUACAGAUAAAUGCUGCUAGAAACUUCUUGCCUGUCAUUUGACUAGGUUUCUUAGCCUACUUCUUUGCUGGGUCUUUCUUGAAAAGGCUGGAGAAGGUUCUAGUGUUGGUUUUGAGGUCAGGACAGGAGAAUCAGUAGAGCUUAAUCUAGUUACUAAGAUGAGCAUCCACAUCUAGGUCUCCUUUCUUAUUAUUAAUUCUCAUGUCCAUAUUCCUCUGGAUGUGCACCAACAGGAGUUCAUUUUUUUAUUCAAAACAGUUCUUCCCGUCUUGAUUCAGUAACCAGUAUCCUACGUUUUCUUUUAUUUUUGUGUUCUUCAUGCUUCCUCUCUUUCUAUUCAAUUUGCCAAAGCAUCUCAUGUUACUGUCUAAUUUUCGCUAUAUAGAUGAUCCUAUAAGGUACCGUUGUCACCCAUAAAUGCUCGCAGAGGUCCUAUUGGUAUUCAGUGCUUAUAUUGUCACAUCAAACUGAAAUAUCUUAAUAGCUGUGCGUCCUUUAAUUUUUUACAUGAUGUCUCUUCAGGGUGAUGUUGGCUGCGGGAAAACAGUGGUAGCUUUUCUUGCAUGUAUGGAGGUCAUUGGAUCAGGCUUUCAGGUUCGUAAACAUCAUCUUUUUUUAUUUCAGUAUAACGAGCAAAUAUCAUUUUUCAAGACCUUUGUAUGUCUCUUUUAUGCAUGGAUUUAUAUGAGCAUGAGAAUGGCUGUUGUUAUUGAUAGUGAAAUGAGUGCUGAGUAAGCUAUAAGGUUUUGUAUUGAGUUUGUUUGGAAAUUAGCCCACAUCAACCCUGAAGGAUUUUUGUGUUCUUUAUCCUAAAUGUUGGACAUUCCAUUUCAUUUCAGGCAGCUUUCAUGGUUCCAACUGAACUUCUUGCCACACAACACUACGAACAUUUGCUAUCUUUACUUGAAAAUAUAAAGGAUGUGGACAAGCCUUCUAUUGCUAUACUCACUGGAUCCACUGCUUCAAAGCAAUCACGGAUAAUUCGCCAGGUAUUCUACUUCGGCCUUGAUUUCCAUAUUACUUCCAGUUACAUGUUCAGUGAGUGAGAUUUUUACCUGUUUUUGUGUUGAUAGGGUCUUCAAUCUGGAGAAAUAGAUAUGGUCAUUGGAACACACAGUUUAAUAGCUGAAAAGGUAGAAUUUUCUGCAUUACGUAUUGCUGUUGUCGAUGAACAGCAACGAUUUGGUGUAAUCCAGAGAGGGAGAUUCAAUAGCAAGGUACUUCCUAUUAAGAAAUUUAUUACCUAAAUGGAUUGGCAUUAAUUUCUUGAUUUCUCUGGAUUUGCUCAGGUGUUGGUCAAAUGAUCCCAAUUUUAUGCAUAAAAUUUUCUAAAUUGAUCAUAUGCAUUUGCUAUAUCAUAUUAAUAAUUUCAGCUGUCAGAUUCAAUGUGUCACUGGGCUUUAUCGUUUUGCUGUGUAGAAUGGUACUUAUCUCCUAUGUCAGCACCUACUUUAUUUUCAUAAAGGUGGCUAUGUUCCUAGUUGUAUUGUGCUAAUUCCAUAAAGAAAUACACAGCGCAGCAUUUUUGAAAAUGAUACUGUUUGGGCACUAGUAAAUUCCUGUUUCUCUUUAAAAACUCUGGCACACCCUAACAAACUUGUACGACUUUCGCCGUAGAAACAAAACCUUCUGUUUACAGAAAUUAUUAAUGUCUGACUUUUUAUUUCUCAUCCGUGAAUGCUGUUGUGAUCAUCAAAAGACAACAAUAGACGAUUAGGGACGCCUAUUCAGUUUGGAAGAAUAGUUGAACCUUUGCUGCUGUUUCAUCCUCCUGUUUGUUUAUAUAACGGAACAGACGAUACGAUAAAUAUACAAAGAGGAAAAUAAAGAAAAUCAAUACGAGAGAAUAGAUGUGGCUUAGGAAAAAAAUCUUACAUAACAGGUGGAGACGACGAGAUUGUUUAAUCGACAAAAAUCGCAAGGGGAGGACCUUUCUCACCCCUUGGACCUUUGGUAUUUUUUUCUAAAGGGGUUCUUUGAAAAGUAAGAUGCACAGAGGCCCAUACGGUUUAAUUUGAAAUCAUCUCUGACUAGAGCUCACUAGCAAUGCAAGUCCUAGAUAGCCUUUAAAUCGUCUCUCAAUAAGAGUCCAAACGGAAAUGCGGUUGUAGCCUUUAAAUCGUCUCUUAAUCAGAGUCCUAACGGAACUGUGCCUUGUUUCUUUCUUUUCUAAAACGAAGUUAAUUUCUUGAGUUAUUUGAAAAUGGCUCGUUAAUUUGUUUUCAGCUAGCAUGAUUUUGCGUACUCUCCAACUGCUUGGUCGCAUAUUAAAGACAGUUUUUCCACGUCUUUUUGUCUUCUAGUGCCAUUUUAAACAUUUUCUUUUCAAACAUCCUUUUUUAGUUAUUUUGAACGAAUUUAAAUUCUGACUUAUCCUUCUGUGUAUUUCUAUCCUCAGAAUAGUACAUUACUUAAUCUCGUGUUUUUGAAACCAUUACUUAAUACGUCUUUACGUUACUAAUCAUUCAUUAAGGUUCAUCUUUCUUUUACUAUGUCUCUCCAUUGUCGUUUCUUUUAGCCAGAUUUGUUUGCUCUUCUUCAUGUCAUUUGAAAUUUCAAUGGCAUAUACUCAAAUUCUCACUAAAUUUAUAUCUGCGUAGACAUUUCACAUGCGUUCGUAAUUAAUUUCUCUCCAUUUAUUUUUUUAUUUAUUUUUAUUUUUCUGUGCUCGUGUUCAAUCCUAAACUAAUAAUAGUAUUGGAACUAGUUACUUCUUAUACCCGUCAAAGUUAAUCCAUUUCCUCGUCCAGCAGUUAUAUUAUGCAUCAGAAGCAUCAAAAAUAAAUGCUAAAGAGUCAGACGAAUCCGCCAAUAGAUUAUACAUGGCUCCUCAUAUUCUUGCUAUGUCCGCUACUCCGAUUCCGAGAACACUUGCUUUGGCAUUGUAUGGAGACAUGACUCUUACUCAGGUAUACCAAAUGUCUCUGUAAUUUUUCCAUUGCCGUUGUGCUCACAUUUUUCUCAGCUCCUAAUGUCUGCAUUUAAGGCAUCUCAUGAUGGUGUGCAUGAACUGGUACAAGAAGAGGCGUUAGAUUUUCUUUUUCAAUUAUCCUCAUGACUGCGACAGCUCAUUCGUUUCUCUGAGAUGAUCUUUAAAUUAUACCACAACGUUUUUUUUACUCUCUAAUUUGAAAGAAAAAAGAGAAGUAGAAUGACAAUUAUAAAUGAUGUAGACAACUGUAAGUGAUAUGCUCAAAGGACAACAAAUUCAAUCAUCUACUGGCAGUGGAUUACAUGCUCGAAGUUGGAUUAGCAAAGAAGAGACUACUAAAGGUUAUGUGCUUAACAUCAUCUAUUGAUGCAUUUAUGUGUUUAUUAACGGUUUAUGAGUAGCUAAAAAUUAAUGAAUAGUUAAAUAUAUCUACAGAUCAUGCCGAGGACGUAAACAGAGCAUGAGAAUAACCUUCUACAUCAGAUAAUGAUAUAAUAAUAGUUUAAUUAAGCAAUAGGAAGUGCUAAAGACAUAAAUUGAGGAUAUGAAUAAACUUGGCCUUCUGAUCGUGGCAUGUUAUUGAUGUCAAUACUUUUGGCACCCUGCAGCAUAGGGUUUUAGGAAACUCGUCCGUGUUUAGUGAUCCCUCUUUCAUGUCCAAUGAUGCCAGCCUUGCAAAAAACCUACAUAUGUUACUGGGACUCACGCCAAGUUGACAUAAUUAGUGAGAUUUUUUGGGAGCUCAUCGGCAUUUCCGGACAUAAAGAAAUGCAGUGAUGUUAACUAACAAGCUGCCAUAAUGUCCUAUCUAAAAGAGGUUUUGAACUGAUUGGGAAAAUAGUUUUAGAUCUCAUUUAAGAAAGUUUUUUUAUGAAACGCAAUGUUCGAUGGCCUGAUAUUCAAGAUCUCACAAAUUAAGGUUUUUGUGCUGAUGCCACUAUGGACUCAGAGUGGGGAUGUGACAGGAAAGUCUAGCCCAUUGUUGAAGGAGGUACCAGGGGGCUACGAGGCCCGUACUAUACUGAGAAGGAAAUAAGUGCAUAGGGUUAAACUAUCAGGCUAAUUGGCCAGUAUCUUUUGAAGAUAUUUUCUUUAUUUAGGGAAAGUUGGAAAAUAUUUUUAAAAAUUGUUUACGUAAUAACAUAUAAAGGAUAUAUUGCAAUUUUAUAUUUUCUUUGGCACCUGGUUUACUUAAAGAAGGCAGUUUAUGUAAUUUCACAUUCUUUUCAUCUAUGCCCUUCUCACCCUAAGCAUUUUUGAGAGAUCCCUCACUAAAUGUUAUGAAUGUUAAAGCUACAUAAAAGGUGUAGUUUUUAUGUAUAUCCUGCUCGAUUUUCAUAUGGGGUCAUGAAAAUAUGGUGAUUGAUAUCUUGACUGCUUAGAAGACCUUGCUACAGUCUCAUCUAGAUCUGGAAUACUGCGAUAAUGCUUCUCGAUGAUGAUCUUCACACGGUCCCUUUGAGUUAUGUAGAACUCACUGAAACACAUAUGCCUACCAUUCUUUUCGUCAUCUGCACCUCAAUUGAGUUGACUAAAAUUUCCCUUCUAGCAGUCGUUAAAUAUUUAUCUUUGUCGGCCCACUGUUCCAUAUUUGAGAUCUGUCAGUCCUCCCUUUCUCUAAUAGUCUAUGUCCUUCAUGCUCUUAGUAGUGGACCCCUUCUUGUGUUAGCACGCCGCAUGUUUUUCUCCUUUUGCUUCAUUGUUAAAUCCUGUUCCCGGGUCAGAUAUCCUCAUCUACAUUUCACUGAAGUUUUCUUUGUCUAGUCGCAGAUUUUGAUCGUCAUCACUUUGCAACUCUAUGGAUUCAUUGUAUUUUUACGUUUCUUGUUUUGAAUACUUUUUUGGGGAAACUUUAACUCUGGGCAUCAGUAUUUCUAGUCUGAUACAUGAUGUGGAGUCCUCCCUACUCAAUUUCCACCAUACCAUACUGAUAUUAUCUCUUCUCUGAAACAGAUUACAGACUUGCCUCCUGGAAGAUUGCCCAUUGACACUCAUGUUCUACAAAGUGAUGAGGGUGGUUUGGAAAAUGUUUACAAGGUGAUUACGAAUAUUCAUCCUGUUCUAGUUUGUUUGUGCAGGAGCUGUAGUUGGUGGACCUCUCCAUCUUAUGUCUGCCUUGUAGUAAAUAUAAGCUAUCCAUGCCUAAAAGUUACAUUCCACCCUUUCUUUUGAGCAUGUGAGCAGUGAAUCUGGACCCAAAAUGCCCAUGGGAUGGAUGGCCAACUGAUAAAAGCAUACCACAUUGUAAACCCAUACCGAUUGAAUUUUUUUUUUUCUUUUUCGGGUAGCCUUGCAGAACUCUUGGUUUUUUGUGGUGUAGAGGUGAUGUUCCCAUGGACAGCCCACCCAUAUGUUACAGAGCUUUUCGAAAUGAAUGUAUUCACUCCAUCAUUACAUUCUGAUAAUAAUGGAAAUCUGGAGAUUUGGAACGAGAGUUGAUCAGAUGGGAGACAGAAGGUUAGAACUUUGCUAAUGCCAAUGGGAGAUCUGGUCCUUGAGAGAUAUUGAACUUCUUUGCCUCUUACCGAAACCAGUCUAUUAGAAUUAAUUAACUUAAGCUUCUAUAUUGUUUUGAAAGGUUAUCAUAUGAUCUUUUCUUUUGCCCGAAUGACAUUUCUGGGAGUGUAGGGAUCCCUUUCUUGGAUUAUUUCCUUAUUCCUCACACAAUCUUUCAAAUCCAUGUUGCUAUACGACUAAAAAAGGAAAUAUUUUAAUGUUAAUUGUCCUUGCAGAUGAUGUUGGAAGAGUUGCAUGACGGAGGAAAAGUUUACCUUGUGUAUCCAAUCAUAGACGAAUCCGAGCAGUUGCCUCAGCUUCGCGCUGCUGCUGCAGAAUUCGAAUCCAUAUCAGACAGGUUCAAUGGCUACCAAUGCGGCCUGCUGCACGGCCGAAUGAAGAGCGAUGAGAAGGACCAUACGCUCCAGCAAUUUAGAUCUGGAGAAGUCCGGAUCCUUCUCUCCACCCAAGUGAUUGAGAUUGGGGUCGAUGUUCCCGACGCAUCGAUGAUGGUCGUCAUGAAUGCAGAGAGAUUUGGAAUCUCCCAGCUCCAUCAGCUAAGAGGAAGAGUUGGGAGAGGAGAGAGGAAGUCCAGAUGUGUGCUCCUCUCAUCUACUGCCAGCUCCGUUGCCCGUCUGAAAGUCCUCGAGAAGUCGUGUGAUGGGUUUUAUCUGGCAAAUGCCGAUCUUAUUCUCCGUGGCCCGGGGAAUUUGCUUGGCAAGAAGCAAUCGGGCCAUCUUCCCGAGUUCCCAAUCGCUAGAUUGGAGAUCGAUGGAAGCAUUCUGCAGGAAGCCCACCUCGCUGCCUUGGUAAGCUCCUCGAUCUAACUUAGAACAUAGAUCCCAGCUUUUAUGAUCCUUCUUUGCUUGAUUAUCGCUGUUUAUUUGGGAUUGAGGACUUCUGAGUGGUCGGAUUAUCUUAAACCGGUUCUCUGAUGCUACGCAGAGUGUCCUGGGAACUUCAAAUGACCUUCAGAGCUUUCCAAGACUUAGAGCCGAACUCAGCAUGAGGCAGCCUCUGUGUCUACUGGGCGACUGA